AUGGACUCUGAACGAACCGCCUUUGGCAAGCCAAUGCUGAAGCAUUGGCUCUUUGACCCGGCUUAUAAAUGUUCAUACGGCGCUCAUCCAGCGCCCGUUCGUGACGUUCAGCGUAGUAUCCUCGACCAGGCGGAUCGGCGGCCUGACCCUUAUCUUAGGAUGGAGCACUAUGAACUGCUCGAGGACGCCCGUCAUGCAGUGGCCCAGCUUCUGAAUGCUCCCACGGAUGAGUGCGUCUUUGUCAAGAACGCGACCACUGGAGUCGCUACCGUGUUUUACAAUUUGAACUUCCAGCCUGGUGAUUCGGCGAUUAUAUUUGAGACGGUGUAUGGCGCUGUGGAGAAAGGGCUCGUCUCAUUGCAGGAACGUUCUUCCCUGCAGACUCGCAAAGUUCGCUUCGAAUACCCUAUUCCUGAGCAGGAGCUUCUGGCUCGGUUCCGCGAAGUGAUUCAACAGACACGGGACGAGGGCUUGAAAGUUCGCGCGGCUGUGUUCGACACGAUCGUGAGCAAUCCGGGCGUGCGAUUCCCAUUCGAGAAGCUCACGGUCAUUUGUCGGGAAGAAGGGAUUUUGAGCGUGAUUGACGGUGCUCAUGGCAUCGGACAAAUUCCGCUUGACAUGCGCGAGUUGCGUCCGGACUUUUUCGUCUCCAAUUGCCACAAAUGGCUAUACACUCCCCGUUCAGCCGCCGUUCUUUACGUCCCCAAGAGCAAUCAGCACUUGAUCCGAACGACAUUGCCGACUUCAUGGGGCUUCAUACCAGUAGUCGAUCCAUCCGAAGCCACCAUCUCUGCCUCGCCACAUCCAGGUCUAGACAAGCCAAAGACCGCUUUCGAAGAGCUUUUCCAAUUUGUAGCUACCAGUGACGACUCGGCCUAUCUAUGUGUCCCUGCCGCAGUCAAGUUUCGCCGCGACGUCUGCGGCGGCGAAGAAGCCGUCCAUGAGUACUGUAUCAAGCUCGCCCAUGAAGCCGCUGAUGCCGUGGCUUCCAUUCUCGGCACAAAGGUCAUGCAAGAGCCGGGUUUGAAGCCCGGGGAGAUCAGUAAUAUGCGAAAUUGUGCCAUGGCGACGGUGAGCCUGCCCGUUGGCGUCUCUGAUAAUGGCUCCACUGAGGAUGGUGCUCUUGUGACACUCGCACCCGAGGAGGCUGUUCGAGCCUCGGUAUGGAUGACAUCCACCCUGCUGACGAAGUUCAACACUUAUGUCCCGAUCUUCCGCCAUGGCCCGUGGUUGUGGACGCGACUCAGUGCGCAGAUCUACCUGGAGAAGGGCGACUUUCAGUGGCUGGCAGGUGUGCUUCAGGAAUUGUGUGAUCGAGUGGCUCGGAAGGAGUUCUGA